AUGUCGGGUCCUGAAGUGCACCACCUCUUCCACAACCCUAUCGCCGACCACUCCUUCUCCGCCGACCGCCACACUCUCGCAGUCGCACGAGAUAACAAUGUCGAACUGUAUCAGAAGUCUGGCUCCAAAUUUGUACUUCACGACGAGCUCAAGGGCCAUGACAAGACCGUGACUAGUGUCGACAUUGCCCCCAACAGCGGCAUGAUCGUUACUUGCUCGCAGGACCGAAAUGCCUACGUCUGGGAACCUUCUCCACAGGGAUGGAAACCAACGCUCGUCCUUUUGCGCAUCAACCGUGCCGCAACUUUCGUCCGUUGGUCACCUUCCGAGAAGAAAUUUGCCGUUGGGUCUGGCGCCCGAUUGAUCGCAGUCUGCUACUUUGAAGAAGAGAACGACUGGUGGGUCUCCAAGCACCUGAAGAAGCCCAUCCGCAGUACAAUUACCACGCUUGCAUGGCAUCCCAACUCCGUCCUCCUCGCAGCAGGAUCGACCGACUCCCACGCACGAGUCUUCUCUGGUUUCAUCAAGGGCAUCGACGCCAGACCUGAGGCCAGCGUCUGGGGCGAGCGAUUGCCGUUCAACACCGUCUGUGGAGAAUACCUCAACGAGUCCGCUGGCUGGGUACAUGCCGUUUCGUUCUCGCCUAGUGGCGAUGCACUCGCUUUCGCAAGUCAUGAUAGUAGCAUCACGGUUGUCUAUCCGAGUGGGCCGGAACAGCCACCCCGAGCCAUCAUCAACAUCAGCACGCAGACGCUGCCGUUCACAAGCCUGAUCUGGAAUGGUGAAGCCGAGAUCAUUGCCGCAGGGUAUGAUUGCGAAGCCUUCCGGUUCCGUGGCGGCGAGCAAGGCUGGGACAUUGCAGGCUCGGUGGAAGCUAAGGCUAGACCAGGGCAUGGACAGAGGGAGGAAUCGGCGCUCAAUAUGUUCAGGCAGAUGGAUCUCAAGGGCAAGACCAAGGAUGAUACCCAGCUGACUACCACGCAUCAAAAUACUAUCAACACUAUCCGUGUUUUCGAGGGGAAUGCCAGCGGUGUUCGCCGGUUUAGUACUAGUGGCGUGGACGGACGACUGGUUAUUUGGACAGCGUAG